AUGGAGGAGGACGAAAAGCAAGAGCCCCCCACAAAUCAGCACGUGCAACAGCGUGCAGCGCCCGAAAUCAAGGCGAUCGAUCGAUCUUCGGUUGCGCGAAUUUGUUCAGGACAGGUCGAGGUUAAAUUGAAAAAUUGGGGCGUGGAAUCAAUUGAGGUCUCAGACAAUGGAAGUGGUGUUGCGCCGCAGAAUUUCCAGGCCCUGACCCUCAAGUAUCACACAAGCAAACUCUCCACUUUCGCCGAUCUAGAAUCAGUCGCUUCCUUCGGCUUUCGGGGGGAGGCCCUGUCCUCUCUGUGUGAGAUUGCGGGGGCCUUCGAAGUGAGCACACGAGGGGAAAACGAGGACAUUGGCGCCAAGAUCGUCUAUGACCGGAGCGGCAAGAUCCUUUCCCAGACCCCAACCGCCCGCCAGCGAGGGACCACAGUCUGCGUGGCCAGACUCUUCGAGCCCCUGCCCGUGCGGAGGGCGGAGUUCAAACGGACGGUCCCCAAGCAGUCCGCCAAACUCUUAAGGAAUCUUCAAGCCUACGCCCUGGUCGCGACGAAUGUGCGGAUCACGUGCUCCAACACCAAGGGCGCGAAAGGCAUCAGGUGA